GUUGAGUUUCUUGUAGGAUUAGAUAAAGGAUUAUUACCAGUUGAUAAAUAUUUAACUGAGAUUAAAGAAAAAAUUGAAUGCAUCAAUUUGGGUGUUGUAAAAAAUGUCAUUUAUUCUGUAUAUUCAUUUUGGGAAUAUGUCAUAAGGAAAAGGAUAAAAAUUAAAACCUUUUGUAAAUUGGGAAUACUUAUUUCAGUUUUCAAUUUCUUAAUACAAAAUAAUAUACAUAAUGAUUUUUUUCGAAUAAUAACGUCUUCUUUUUUUUUUGUCUUUUUAUUUUUCCUUCAUAUUUGUUUUAAAAUUGUUAUGAGGGACUUUAUGAUAUUUCAAUGCGAUUUAUUAUUGAACGAAUUUGGAUUUCUUUUAAUAUUUUUAAAUUUAAGUGAUUCUUAUUAUUUAAAAUAUUCCAACACACUUAUAAUUUGCAUCUUAAGAUUACUCUCUUUUAAAAUAUUGUUUAACUCAGCAGUUCGAAAGUUAGUUUAUGAUAGGAAAGCAUGGUUAAACUUGGACUGUUUUGAAAAUUUCUUUUACUCUCAACCUGUCCCUUCAAUUUUAUCAUAUAUAGCAAAUUGUAAAUUUGAUAAGAAACUAAUUUGUUUUUGUAUAAUAGUAUCUGAGAUAUUAUUUUCUUGGCUUGUAUUUUGUGCAUCACAUUUAAGGUUAUUCUUUUUUGGAAUAUUUGUUUGUAUACAUAUAACAUCAUACAUUAUUUGUAAUUACGUUUUUUUUUCUUAUAUUUGUCUUGUUUUAUUUCUCUCCUCUUUUGACGAUUCUACAUUAAGCCUCUUUUUUCCUUCGGGAAAUGCACCAGAAUUGUAUAUGAAUGACGCGCUUAUAUGUAUUCCAACAUUUAUAUUCAUUUGUUUUGUCAACACUAUAUUUUUUCUAUUUUAUCUGUUUAUUGUAUUUAUGAAUUGUGUCCCCUUUUUUCAGCAAUGGAAUAUAUACGAUUUGAAAUGUUUUCAUUUUUUUUAUCAAAUUCAUUAUGAAUUUUCAUGUUUGAAUAUAUGCAAUUCUUAUGCUAUGUUAACAUAUACAGGAUAUAAAAGAAAAGAAGUGGUUAUAGAGGAGUUGCAUAAAGUUGGAGAAUCGUAUGUAUGGAAAGAAGUACCUUUUAUAUAUAAGCCAAAUGAUUUGAAUAAAAUUGGUAAAGUAUUGUGGUGGGGACAUAUACCAAGACUCGAAUGGAAAUUUUUUUUUUUUCCGGACCAUCUUAAAAAAGAAGAUUAUAAGAAAAAUAUAUAUCCUUUAUAUAUAUGUUCUUUCUUGAAAAAAUUAUGUAAUAGGGAUUUAGACUUGAUGUCUAUAUUUGAGGACGAACAAAUGGAAAGUGUACCAUUGUUAAUCCGUUUGAUCUAUUAUGACUAUAAGAUGAUUAAAGAAGAGAAAAAUAUUAACAAUAAUAAUAAUAUGGAAAUGAAGACCUUAAACAACAAGAAAAAAAUUGAUAUUAUAGGAACCUUAAAAUAUAAGAAAGAAAAUAAAUAA